AUGUAUUCUGUAAUAGAAUUUAAACACGAAGCAGAUGGAGGUGUACUCUCUAUAGUAAAUACACCUUGGUUGACUCCUAGAAAGACUGAAGUGUAUUGGCCUCCUAUAAAAGACAACCUUCAGUUCAACAAGGUACUUAGGAAAAUAGAACCAGAAGUUAAUGAAAACUGGCAAAUUUAUGGGGUUCAUAAAAUUUUUUAUUCUACAGUCGAGUUUAAUGAACAAUCUGGAGGCGGGCUUGCAAUUGUAAACUCUAACUGGUUUACCCCACUUAAAAAGGAAGUAUUUUGGCCGCCUUACAAAGACAAUAAAGCUUAUAUUAAAGCGGUAAAACAAGGAGAAGAAAUUUCUGAUAAAUGGAAAUUAUUUUCUAUAUCAAAAUGUUAUUACACUACAGAUGAUUAUGAAAAAGCCCAUAAGAAACUAAAAGUUGCAGAAGUAACUUCCGAUUUACAAUCAGAUUUAGAAGAGGAGUUUUCAAAAUAUUCCUCAGGAAAGAGAAAGGUGUCCCGACCUCUUCGUUUUGAGGAGAAGGAAGACACAAACGUUAAAAGAAAAGUGUCUAAAUCUUCGAACUAUGAUGAUGAAGAAGAAGAAGAGCCAAAUCGGAAUUUCCUUCCAAGGCCACCACAUAUAAAGGGAAAGAAUAUAUUUGAAGAAACUUUAGAGUACACACCAUCCUGUGGAGAGAAAUCACGUAGUAGUGAUGUACGUAGUGCGUAUGAAGUUUCACCUCAAAGUUUUUCACAGUCUACAACAUCAAAAGGUUCUGUUAAAAUAACAAGUGGCACUACCCGAGAUUUCCUAUUGCAAGAAGCUACUCCUCGGCGAAUUUCACAGCCCUCCACGUCUAAAGAUUUGAAUAACUGUGUAGAAGGUCAAGGAAAAUCAGUGUUUGAAAUACUUUUAACGAAUUUGCUGGAGAUUAAGCAACAAAAUAAAAAAAUUCUAAUUAUUUUGGAAAAGAAAAAUACUGACAGAAACCCACAGUCUUUACCUGAAGAUUUAAAUAUAGAAUUUCCCAUUAGAAGUAGUCAUGAUCUAGAUAAAUUUGAAGCAUAUCUUUCAAAUCAAGAAAAUGUUGAAGGAGCUAAAGCUGUUGUGUUAUAUUGGUCUUCCCUUGGAGGUAAAGAUUGUGCUUCAAAAACAAACAGAAUCUUGAGAGAAGUACUGCAUGACUCAGUAGCAACGAAAUACAAUUUUUAUGGAAGACACUCAAAGAAACCUUUUUCGGAAUUAAAAAUCAAUUCAGAAAUUAUUAAUGCUGUUAAAAUAUCUUGUAAUACUUCUACAAGGGAGAUUGAAAACAUUAUAAAAAUUUGGUUGAAGCAUGCUCCUGAGAGAUUAAGAAAACAAGAAUUAAAAGAAGUACGAAAUCGUAAUAAUUAA